CUUUUAUUGCUUCUUCAAGUCCCACAGGGAACAGGUCACGUGUCCCUAGCCUCAACCCUGUCCCACUUGCCAGUUCAACCUUGACAACCUCGGCCCCUUCUCUUGCUACAGGAGGACAAUUGGUGUCGGCAGCAUGAAGCUGAAUUUCCGUGGUCUGAGGGCCCUGGUGACGGGGGCAGGGAGAGGGAUUGGACGGGGCACUGUGAAGGCCCUGCAUGCCUCAGGAGCCAAAGUGGUUGCCGUGACACUUAACAACGCAGACCUGGUCAGCCUCACCAAAGAGUGUCCGGGGAUAGAGCCUGUGUGCGUGGACCUGGGUGACUGGGAGGCCACAGAGAAGGCCCUGGGCGGUAUUGGCCCCGUGGACCUGCUGGUGAACAACGCAGCGGUGGCCCUGGUGCAGCCUUUCCUGGAGGCCACCAAGGAGGCCUUUGACAGGUCCUUCAAUGUGAAUCUUCGCUCUGUGUUGCAAGUAUCCCAGAUGGUAGCCAAGGGCAUGAUUGACCGUGGAGUGGCAGGGUCCAUUGUCAAUGUCUCCAGCAUGGUGGCCUAUGUCACCUUCCCUGGCCUGACCAACUACUGCUCCACCAAGGGCGCAAUGACUAUGCUGACCAAAGCCAUGGCCAUGGAACUGGGGCCACACAAGAUCCGGGUAAACUCGGUAAACCCUACUGUGGUGCUGACUGAUAUGGGCAAGAAAGUCACUGCAGAUGCUGAGUUUGCCAGGAAGCUCAAGGAGCGCCACCCACUGAGGAAGUUCGCAGAGGUGGAGGACGUUGUCAACAGUAUCCUCUUCCUGCUCAGCGACAGCAGUGCCUCUACCAGUGGCUCUGGCAUCCUGGUGGACGCUGGUUACCUGGCCUCCUAG